UAUCAUAAACGUCGAAUUGAAAUGGAAAAUUUAAAAGAAGAUUUUAUUAUUGUUGAUCGUGAAGUGUUUGAUGGUGAUGUUUAUAAAGAAAUAUAUGGAUUUGAUAAAAAUAUUAUUAAAAAUGAACAUGUUGAAUUUAAUAAUUUAAUGAUGGUUUUUCUUAUAUUAUGUAAUGAAAAUAAUCUUGAAAGAAAUUAUAAUAGUAGAAAAGUAAAUGAACGAAAAUAUUCAUUAGUUGAAUGUAAAAAUAUUCUUAAAAAAAAAAAAAUGGAUUUAAAUCAAAUGAUCAAUAAUAUUGUUUUAAAAUAUCAAAAUAUAUUUAAUAUUAAUAAAAAACCUGAUCCAAAAAUUAUUAUUAUCACGGGUCCCAUUGGAGCUGGAAAAACUAAAUUAUCAAAUUUUUUAGCUGAAUAUUUACAAGAUAAUGGAAAAAAGGUUUUAAUAAGUGAAGAAAUGUCUUUAAAAUUGAAAGAUGAAUUAGAGAUAUAUUAUAGUAUUAAAAAGGUUAAUCCAAAUGAUCAAGGAAUA